AAUCGCGCACCUUGAUGGAGGAAGCGCGCGUUGAAGGCCUGCUGGCGCUACUUCGAGAUGGGCAGACUGCAAGCAUCCGAGAGCAUGCUGCCAAGCAACUUGGAGUUGUCGUCACCCCUGACACGCUACCCGGGUUGUUGGCCGAGAUUCGAGCUUUGGUCCGCCACCCGAAUUGGGAUACACGCGUCGCUGCGGCACAGGCAGUUGGCUGUAUCGCAGCGUCGUUGUGUCCUGACCUCGUCUUGUCGUGCGCCGACUUCGCACAAGCCAGUUGCGACUCGUUGCUGCAGGUGUCGCAGCUCGACAUGGACCAAUUGUUGACCCACGCCACACCGUUGCUGAAGAGCGGGGGCGAAGAAUACAACUACACGACGAAUUACACGAACCCUGACGACCAGCAAAAGCAUCUUGCGCGGCAGCGAUAUCUGCUGUGGAAGCGCAUCGCCCACGACGUCCAGACCUCCGUGUCGAUUCCACGACCUGUGUUGAGGCAAUCCACAGCAUCAUUUCUCGAAUCGGCCGAUGUCAACACCAUGAGUAAAGCCACCACAGCCGCACCAUGGACUGCGCCCGUGUGCACCCUCUUGGUCAGCAACACAGGUCAUCGCAACGACUCCCACCUGUCUCCGAUGACCUCCACUGCAUCGAUCCUCCUCCCUGCGCUUGUCCAAGAUUGCCUGGAAGCCAUGUUUGACGCGCAGUGGGAGGUCCGCCAUGGCGCCGUCGCCGUCCUUCGACAGGUGCUUAUGCCGUUGGUGUCGACGACGACCGGACAUUCCUCCGUCAAAGCUCCAUGGAUCGAAGAGGUCGUCGUGCGAUGCGUGUGUGUAUUGGCCUUGGAGCAAUACGUCGACUACUCGGCGGACGGAUCGAUCGCGCCGAUUCGAUACCUCGCGGCUCAAAUCGCCGGGCGAUUCUUCACGGCGUUGCCAACGCAGACCACGACGGUGUUGGUACCGUUGCUGCAGUCCACUCGAUCGUGGCAUGCUUGCCACGGAGCCCUCCUGGCCAUUCAAUUCCUCCGCGACCCAUCGGUACAGACCAAGGAAACGCUGUUGACGCACGUUCAGCAGGCGAUCUUCCGAAGCGAAGACGAAGUCUUCGGCGCUGCGGCCCAGUGCCUCGUGGCGCUCGCGCCACACCAAAACCAGGGACCGUCCAACGUCGUCAACCGGCUGUGGGCGAUUUUAAGCGAAGACGGAGCUGCCAAGAGCGUCGAACUAGCCAGUGCCCAUGUGUUGACCGCGCUGCGCCAUCUGCAUCAACCAGCAACUUUGGCUCAAGUCGACAUAGUCUCGGCGUUCCUCAGCCACGCAUUGGUACCAGUGCGAGAAGCGGCAAUUGCGUGGCUUUCACGAGCGCUGAGUUGCAUGACGUUUGAUGUACGUGCUGGUGUGUGGUGGCUCCAUGCGAUUUGGUCUCGACUGCUUUUGGAUGGCCCUUGCCAAGCCUCGCUCCGCAUGCUGUGGAAUCAAGCGCUAGAUACGGAAGGGCUACUUCCAGCAGCCAGCCUGCACAGCAUCGUCGAAGCGUCGAAUCUGACGCGGUGGCUGCAUGCGGCAUGGUCCGUCGGCACCCCGGCCCUGACCUUCAAGAAUUUGUCUGCCAAGGUCGAGCGGGUGCCGCUGCCGGCAACCAGAGACUCCGGUCGGGCCAUUGUGGCGACGCAGUGUCUGGCGCAGUUGCACAGCAAGACGGUGGCACUGGCGGGCGUGUGGAGCGCUUGGUUUUGCGCAGCACUGGCGAGUCCUCGGUGCGAGGAAGCAAUUGGAGCACUCACACUCUUGAGCACUACCAUUUCAUCCCGAUCGUGGCCAUCGCAAGAUGCCGUGGAAGCCGUGACGACAUAUUUGAGAAAUCCUCGCACCACGUUUUACCACGAACAAUGGAGUGGUUGGGAGCUCCUGCGCCGCCAAGUCGCGCAGAUGGCGGCCUGGUUUCCAUCGUCGCAGCUCAAGCAACUUCUAGCGGCUGGAACAGCUCCGUCUUCCACACAGUCGUGGCAGGUUGCGCAAGUGGUGGCGGCGCUGCCAUUCGAGUCGUUGACGAAACCAGAUACAUACACGAAAGCGCAGCAUGUACGGCAAGACAUAUUUGCGACGGAGGAGCGUGUUCGACUGUCAUUUGAGAGGGCACAAGCCACCGCCGGUGCUUUGUACGCCGCGACGUAUUUGGCUUGGCAGCUGCCAUGGGACAAGCCGGCCUUUCUCGUCCGCCCGUUGAUGGAAGGCCUCAAGACGUCCCCGGAUGCACGGCUGCAAGAGCUCCUUGCCAACACCAUCGUGCGAUUUCUCCACACGUGUGCAGUGUCCCACACAGUGUGUUGCAUGAAAAUGAUCACGAAUCUGGCGGCCCACCUGACAGCGACUCCCACGACCCUCAGUCGAUUCCGAGGAGCAGAGAUGGCUUUGACAAGCCUGAUUCAAUCCAUCCCACCUAGUUUUGACGACACCUCCGGGCCAGCCUUGUUGUGGGCAAAGCUGUCGUCGCUGUGGACUGGUCCCCACGUCCCGCUGUUGACCAUCGUGCUGACCCAUGCAAGCCCAGCGCUGGUACAUCCUGUGCUCUCUCAGACGUGGUCGUGGGUGAAUGUAGUGGAGCACUCAUCGCUGGCCGCAGCCGUGGCCACCGCCGCGGCGCGAAGCCCAGACUUGAUGUCCCAAGUGGUUCAACUCUUGCGCCAAGCGUACAGCUCCGCCGUCAUGGAAUGCCUGGUACAAGCGCAUCGGUCGUCCUGCGUUCCGGUCGUGUGCGACUUGAUUCCGCUCGCGCUGACAAACACUCGAGGCAGCGCGCUGUCUGGUUUGAUUCCGCUGCUGCCGCUGCAUGGCCAUCUAGACACGGCCAGUCCAUUUCUCUAUCAACUGCAAACGGGCGACGUCCCGCCUCUGCCAGACAACGUGGAGUGGCCGCCGCAGCUCUCGCUUCGCCCGUACCAGGUCGAUGGCAUCAACUGGCUCCACUUUCUCGCAUCCCAUCGUCUCCACGGAAUACUGGCCGACGACAUGGGCCUCGGCAAGACGUUGCAAGUGUUGUGCAGCAUCGUCGCUCGCAAACGCACGGUAGCCUCCACCAACCAAGCGGAUGGACUUGCUGCGACGACGCCGUACAUGGUUCUGGUCGUGUGUCCGCCGAUUGUGAUGUCGCACUGGGUGCGCGAAGCGGCAACGUAUUUCGCCGCCGACUUUACAUCGAUCGUGUCGUACGCCGGCACGGCGUCGAGGCGGCAAACGCUUCGGCAACACAUGAUGGCGUCCACCAACAAUGUGUCGAUGACAUCACAACGAGGCACGAGUGACGACGAUGCCGCCGCCGCCUCCAAACCCGCCGACUGCACCCUGGUCGUCACCAGCUACGCCACGUUGACUCAAGAUCGGCAUUUCUUCCACACGCUGUCGUUCAUGUACUGCGUCGCGGACGAGAUUCAAUUGUGCCGCAACCCCGCGACCGCCACUGCCCAAGCACUCUUUGGUGUCCGCGCCAUGCAUCGCGUGGCCGUGAGCGGCACCCCCAUUCAAAACACCCCCGUCGACAUUUGGAGUGUGUUUUCGUUCUUGAUGCCGCACUACUUGGGCGACGCCGCCGCGUUUCGGCAGAAAACGGUCGCGCCGAUCGUGGCCAGUCGGAAAGCAUCCGCAACGUCCGCUCAAAAGGAAGCCGGCGCGGUCGCGCUGACAGACCUCCAUGCAAAGAUCGCGCCAUUCGUGCUGCGCCGGACGAAAGAAUCCGUGCUGCGGGACCUGCCGCCCAAAACAAUUCAAGACAUCCCGUGCGCGCUAACACCUCUCCAACGACAGCUCUACGACGCGGCCGACUCGUUGGAUACGUCGUUGGCGACGUGGAGGCAGCGGCAGCAGGUGUGCAUGCACCCGAAACUCGUGGAUGAGCACUUGUACGCGGACGAGGCCAGCGGCAAAAUGACGGCGCUGGUCGACUUGAUGCAACUUGUCCAUGGCACAGACAGCGGAACAACCGCACACGAUCGAGAAGAAAAUCGCGGCGACCAUCGCAGUUUAAUCUUUUGCCACACUCCCACCCACGCAUCAUUGAUCCAGUCGAUCCUAGCCACGACGCUCCCCCACCUUCGACUCGUGAAAUUGGAUGGUUCAGUGCCCAUGGCGCAACGACCGGCCAUCGUGGACGAAUUCAACCGGGACUUGUCGAUUCACGCGAUGGUGCUGACGACCGCGAUCGGUGGCGUCGGGCUCAACUUGGUAUCGGCCGACACGGUCGUAUUUCUCGAGCACUCGUGGAAUCCGUUUGUCGACGUGCAAGCAAUGGAUCGAGUGCACCGCCUCGGUCAAGUCAAUCCAGUGACUGUGUUUCGUCUGUUGGCGCAACACACGAUCGAAGAUGAAAUCCUAACAGCGCAGCGAUUGAAACAAGCCACCGCCGACGCCAUACUUGGACCGAACGAAGCAAAAGGCCACACCAACGUCCUGUCCGUUUUGGGGUGUGGGUUUGCCGACACGGACCGGCCUCGGCCGAAAAAAAAACCCAAGUCGAACCAACGCACCGUCCAAGCCAUGUUGGAAGAAUUGGGCGACCUGUGGGACGCCGCGCAGUACGACUCUCUGGCGCUCGAUGCGCCGUAGCACGGGGACGUACACAACAGACCACCGUGAAAACCCACCAUCUUUCGUUGCGAGCGUUGUGCGCGAUCGAGUUUUGUGUGCCGAGUCCUGGCGCAGUGUGGGCUCUCGAUCGACGAUUCUUGCAAAGCAAUCGUUGAUGCCUGUGUUGCACCCGACCUGGACGUAUUCGGAAUCGAGCGGUCGUUGUGGUUUCGCGCGAGUGCCUUGGAUUUGUUGCCGUGCUUUCCAUGUCACGCUGGCGUCCAACUGGACGAUGGCCACGCAGAUCCUAUCAUGUCGUGCGCGGGCGCACCAGCGUCGACUGCACAGCUAUAAUUCAUUUUGUUAUGACGG